GAGGAACGAUUUAUAAUUAUAAACAAUUAUCACUUGUUUGUUCAGACUAACACAUCCAUAUGUUGUUCGCGUUUUGCAGGGAAAAUAUUAAUAUAAAAAGCAAGCACAGCUCCUACUGCAAGCGUUAAAUUAUCUGGAGUCGAAUUAGGCAUCGAAGUUGUAAUCGUACUUUUAUAUUUACAGACGGUAUUUGUCCAUAUAAACCUGGAAGAACGGGAGGAUAUGAAAUCAGUGGAGCUGCUUUGAUGCAAAAGCAGCAAGUCCGCGAUUCUUGUGUCUGAUAACACUCGUAUGAUCUGAUCUGAUCUGUUUACUGGAGAUGUCUCUGGUAGCGUACGACAGCAGCGGCGACAGUGAUCGCGAUGAAUCGCCGGCUUCGCCCGCUCGACCUGCGGCCAAGAUCGGGGGCCUCUUCGCAGCUCUUCCCGCGCCGAGAACCGCGGAGAUCCGCUCGAGCGCAGAAAAGCCAUCAGCUCCUCUAACCAAGAGGAUGACUAUGGAUCUGCCCAAACCUAAAAAACGCACAGAACCCGUUAAAAUCACUGUUCCUGAAAUAAACCCAACAGACUCUGACUCUGAUGAUGACGAGCCCGUCCGAAAAAAAUCAGCUCCUCAGGGAGGUGGUGGUCUGUCCUCUCUGCUGCCUCAGCCUAAGAAUCUGGUGGUGAAGGCGACCGAGCGGCCCCUGUUGCCACACACUCUAACCAAACGCCCCGGAUCAAAUAAGCCAAAGGCAACCCCGGCAAAGUCCCAGGGUCUUUCUGGAACCAGCCCGUCCCCGUCCGCCAUCAAAGCUGCUGCAAAGUCAGCGGCGCUGCAGCUAGCCAAACAAAUGGCCGCGGAUGAAGAGGGAAGUGACGAUGAACUCGCUCCAGAGAACUACUUUUCCCUUCCGGAAAGCCCAGCACAGCCUGUGAUGUCUCAAAACCUGCAUUCUCAACAGUAUGUUCCCUCUCUACACCCUCCACCCGGUGUGGAGGGCGCUCCACUGGACUUUGUCUCUAAAGCAGACAGUUACAGUAGAUCAGCCGAAGCCAUGCAAGACCAUGAGAGCGGAGAAUAUCAACAUCAGUAUCCCGCAAAUCCACUGCCAGAGGAUUACUAUGGUGAGGGUUAUUACCAAGACCCAAACCCUGCGGCUGAUGAGCAAGAGGAUUCAGGGUCCUCUUCAUUGUUCAAUGAUGAAGCAUUUCGACGGCUACAGGGCAAACAGAAUCGUGGAAGAGAGGAAAUCAAGUUUCUGGAGAUAAAAGGAGACGAUCAGUUGAGCGGCAAUAAGCAAUGGUUGACAAAGAACAUGACCGCAGAGGCAGAGCCCCGCAAGUCCUUCAGCAAGAAAAAAGGAGAUCAGCCAACAGGACAACAGAGACGCAAGCACCAAAUCACGUAUCUGAUUCAUCAGGCCAAGGAACGCGAGCUGGAGCUCAAGAACAACUGGGCUGACAACAAGUUGACUCGCCGGCAAACGCAAGCCAAGUACGGAUUCUAAUGGACUGGAUAUUGAGAUGUUGCGCACACCUCUACCUAACAUGGAGCAGAUUUUGUCCGAGACUGCAGCCGAUACACAAAUGUGAUAUUUUUGCCAGCUUUUAGAGAUGUGAUACCAGUUUGUACCGCUAAGGACUUUUAAAGCACUAUUGGCUGCUAAUAAAAUAUUUAAGAUGGCUCCCAAUGGUCUACCUAAUAUUAUCUUUCCAGUUGAACUACAUUGGGUUUUGUCAUGAGGUUUUGGGUCACCUGUAACAUAAUAGUAGCUGUAUAGGUUCAGGUGAUUUAUUUGUUUAUUUAAUGAUUGGGAUGUCAUGACUUGUUAUUCUGGAAGGAUUUUGUCUUCCACACUGCCAUCGUGAGCAGUGGCAUAUAGAAAAUGUAUGAUUGAAAAUGUGAAAGAAACUGGUAACACUUUACAAUAAGGAUCUCUAUAUUAACAUUAGUUAAUGCUAAUUAGUUAAUUUUUUUUUUUUUGCAGCGUUUAUUAAUUUCAUUGUUAAAUAUAUGGUUAAUUAUGUAUUAACUAAUGUUAAUUUAUAGCUUCUAAUUAAUAUUAAAACUGUUUAAAUGGUAAUGUAUACAAUCUUAUGGUAAAGCGUUCCCUUGUAAAAAGUGUUUGAUUAAAUCUUUCCAUCCUUUUAA